AUGGAUAAAUUGGUGAAGUCAAUGGCUGAGACUGAAGAGGGGAUUCAUUCUGGCAAGAAGAGAAAGUAUUCCAAGAAUAAGAAAAAGAACUGGAAGCGAUCCGAUGUUACUGACGUGGAGGAGUUUUUGGAUGCCGAGAGACAAGAUGAGCGGCUUGGUGCUGGAAAGCUCCAGACUGUGCCCAGUGACAAUCUCUUCAUUGUUGAGAAUGUGUUGCCGGAAGAAACACAAACUCCCAAGAAUGAUGCAAGUACCCGGAGCAAAAAGGUGGAAAUUGCAGUAGCAAAGGCAUAUGGCCAUCUGCGGAAUGUAUCAGAGGUAAUUGACCCACUGAAGAAGCGAAAUCGGGUCCGCACGCCAUUGGAGAGGAAGGGAAAGUUAUAUGCACUCCAGGAAAGACUUCGGCUGGCUGCUGGACGACUAAAACUGAAGGAGAGAGAUGCUCUGCAUCAGACUCAGCAGUAUCUGAAGAAGAGGAAAGUGAAACUAAUGGAGAAGAAGCAGAAAUUUGAAGCCCGAAAUGUAUGGGAUACGAGUGACAUGCCAGAAGAAGUAAAAAAUAUGGACAAGGACUUGUUCAAGUACACAUUCAUCGACAAGCUGAAGAAAGUGCAGCCCAAGCGGCCUUAUACGAUAACAAUGAAGCAGACUGUGCUUCCCUCUGUUGAGCUUCCUCUGCCUGGCACUUCUUAUAACCCGAGCUUUGAGGAACAUCAAGAGCUCCUCCAGAAGGCAUUAGAGGUUGAGAUCAAGAAGGAAAAGAAGCUUCAGAAGAUUGAGAGGCAGACCACACUCAUGUUCCCCACUGCUGACAAGGCCCCAACUGAAGAAUCAAAACUCCUUGAACUAUCCGAGGGCCUCUUUGAAGAAGAAUCUGAAAAGCCAGUGCAGAAAGUCGAAGCAGGUGAGACCGAAGAGAUCUACAAAGCACCCAUCCGCGAUGAGGACCGCAAGACACGGAAGAGGCGGCGGAAGGAGCACCAAGAGAAGAUGAAACUCCUGGAAGCAAAGCAGAAGAAGGAAGAGAGAUUAAAAGAGGCAGGAGUGUUUCGCAUCAAUGCCAUCAACAGGGAACUGAAGCUGCGAGACCAGAUCACCAAAGAGCGGAUCGAACGCCGCUUGAAACGCGAGGCAGAGAAGCUCAAACAACCGAGAGUCCUCAGUCGGUUCAACUACGAGGAGCCUGACAUCGAGUUGAAGCUCUCGGAGGAAGUGACCGGGUCCCUGAGGGAGCUGAAACCUGAGGGACACCUUUUGGCUGACAGGUUCAAGAGUUUACAGCGUCGAAGCAUAAUAGAACCAAGAAUUAAACUCCGUUUGCGCAAAAAGAAGAUGAAGCGAUUCGAGAAGCGUGGUCACAGGAAGUUUGGUGAUGAAAUGGUAAAAAAAAUGGAAACUGCACUCUGAGAAUUUCUGUGUUUUCAAAUAACAUGAUGGAAUGCUUAUUUUCAUGCAAGCAGUGAGUUCUUGUGAAUACAGGAU